AUGCCUCAAGCACCACAACAACAGCCUCAACCCCAACCACAACAUCCAAUUUCUCCUACAGCCACCAGAAGACCCAGAUCAUCAACACCAAAACCAUCAAAGUCUACAAAGUCUGAUGCCCCUUCCUUCAAGAAGACCAGAACCUCUGUUGCUACACAAAAAAGAAGGAGACUUGUUGCAGCCUAUGAUUAUGAAGAUCUGGAAGCCCCUCCUGCAACAAACUCUGAACCUUUACAGGCCAGUCCUCAGCCAAAGACAUCUAGAUUUAAAAGAAGGGCUAACAAGCCUAAGAGGGCAAAGGUGCCCAUAACUGAGAUCACAGAUUUUACUGUUGAGGAAGAGCAAGCACCAUCCACUACAAUUCCUGAUGAUCUAUCUCAAGCUCUGAUGGUGCAUCCUCUUCAAGCUGUUCCAAUCUCUGCUGAUACAGCAUCCUCUACUUCAUCUGAAGUAGAUGAGGAAAUAAUAUGCAAGGAACAAGCUACAGCUGAAGCUGAGACAACAGUGUCUGAUUUUAACAUUCCAAUAUCUGAUCAUGGACCCUCCACUCCAAUUCCUCACUCUCCAUUGAAGUUUCCUGAGGGUGCCAUUAUUCAUGAUACAGCUCCAGAAAACUACAAGUCAGAUGCUGUAGUUGAAGAAUCUGACAAGGUAGCACUGGAAGCACUGCAGUCUCUUGCUAAGGCUGGUGAAGAGCCUAGCAAAUCACAGUCUGAAGCUCAAGAAAAAUCUGUUCAAGAUCCUAACAGAGGUAGCCAGUUCCAAAGAAACUCAAAAUAUGGACAAGAAAAGGCAUCUGCUACCUCUAAAGGAAGACAUGAAGAAGCUGGUGUCUGCCAAUGA